AUGAAGGGAGGACUCCUUGAAGUUUUUGUUGUAAGUGCCCAAGGCAUUAGACACUCCAACAUUCUUGGGAAACCAUCGUACUAUGUCGUUGUUGAAUGUGGAUCUCAAUCCUACAGAACAAAAACCUCCUCAGGUAAUUCAAAGGAAAUAUUGUGGAACGAGAAAUUUAAGUUUGAAUUGCAAACUUCCAAGUUAGAAUUAUGGUACUACCUUAAACUAAAAAUUAUGGACGAGGAAUUUUUCACAGCCGGUGGAUUUGUUGGUGAAACCACAAUUUAUCUGAAAGGAAUAAUUACUGAGGGGAAUGAAAAGGGAUUCAUGGAAGUGGCACCAGUUGCUUACAAUGUGGUGCUUGAAGAUGACACAUACAAAGGCCAGAUAAAAGUUGGACUCAGAUUCACUCCUAUCAAUAAAACAGUACAAACAAUGGAAAGAGAAAAUGCUUCAAAGGAAAAUGUAAAUAAUGGAGUUGGGCAAUUCAUCUAUAGCAAAAUCAUUAAUCUAUGGGGAAACACCUGGUGGAGAAGCUUCAUUCCUUAUGGGGAUGUUAAUAGUAGUAUUGACAAAAAUAAGCCAAAUUAG